AUGCUGUGGCCAGCCCAGUUCUUGGACUUCCUCAACAGCAGCCUUAUCUGGAAGCUGUGCGCCAUGGCGCACCUCGUGAUCGCCCUCGGGCUGAUGCUCAGGUUCAGGCAGGAUGACCUGCGUGCCAACUUCAUCACCUCCGUGGGGCAGCACCUCUGCCGCGUUUGCCAGGGCGCCCCCGCAGCCGGCUCGGGCGCCCGGUGCAUUCGCGACGUGGCGAUUGCAUUCCAGGACUUGACCAUGAUGCUGGAGCGCGACCUGGCGCGCGGGACCAUUGGAAUCUCCGCGGCAGCCAGGGCGCGCGGGGCCGCUGAGACCCCCGUGACAGCCAGGGCGCGCGGGGCCGCUGCAAUCCCC